AUGGAGGAUCGAAACGCCCUUGCUGCAGAUUGCAUUGUCAUAUCAUGCUGCUGCCAGUGCCUGAUUCUGCAGGUCAUCAUCUUCAUCUUGCUUAGGCUUCCAUCGAGAAUAAUUCGGAAGACAAAACGGUACGUGAAAAGGCGGCUGAGAAGCAGGAAGAGGGCGGAGAAGGUUGUGCAGAUCGAACUGUGUGGAUAUGGAGAUGAAAGCUCGAGAAGGCGUGGAGGGUCACCUGAUGAUGGGUUUCCAUUUAGUGACUCCAGUUUUGGAUGCUGUAUGGAUGAAGUUGAGAGGGUUUUGGAGGAGUUUUCACAGAAAGGGGAAUUUGCUUUUGGGAGCUUUUGGGGUGGUGAUGUUUCAAAGAGAGUGUUUUCUUAUUGUCAACCCAAACAAGAAGUGGUGGAUUAUGAUUGUUUUCAUCAUCAUUUGAUAGAAACCUUUGGUUCUUUCAACUUCAAGCAAUAG